AUGGAAAGAAUCAACCACACCAGCAGUGUCUCUGAGUUUAUCCUCCUGGGACUCUCCUCCUGGCCUGAGGACCAAAAGCCACUCUUUGUUCUCUUCCUCAUCGUGUACCUGGUCACCAUAACAGGGAACCUGCUCAUCAUCUUGGCCAUUCGCUUCAACCCCCAUCUUCAGACCCCUAUGUAUUUCUUCUUGAGUUUUCUGUCUCUCACUGAUAUUUGCUUUACAACAAGCAUUGUCCCCAAGAUGCUGAUGAACUUCCUGUCAGAAAAGAAGACCAUGUCCUAUGCUGGGUGUCUGACACAGAUGUAUUUUCUCUAUGCCUUGGGCAACAGUGACAGCUGCCUUCUGGCAGUCAUGGCCUUUGACCGCUAUGUGGCCAUCUGUGACCCCUUCCACUAUGUCACCACCAUGAGCCACCACUGCUGUGUCCUCCUGUUGGCCUUCUCCUGCUCAUUUCCUCACCUCCACUCACUCCUGCACACACUUCUGCUGAAUCGUCUCACCUUCUGUGACUCCAGUGUUAUCCACCACUUUCUCUGUGACCUCAGCCCUGUGCUGAAAUUGUCCUGCUCUUCCAUAUUUGUCAAUGAAAUUGUGCAGAUGACAGAAACACCUAUUGUUUUGGUGACUCCUUUUCUCUGCAUUGCUUUCUCUUAUAUAUGAAUCCUCACUACAGUUCUCAAGAUUCCCUCUACUUCUGGGAAAUGCAAAGCCUUCUCCACCUGUGGUUCUCAUCUCACCGUGGUGACACUUUAUGGAAGCAUCUUCUAUGUCUACUUACAGCCCCCAUCCACCUACACUGUCAAGGACCACAUGUCAACAAUUGUCUACACAGUUUUGUCAUCCAUGCUCAAUCCUUUUAUCUACAGCUUGAGAAACAAAGACCUGAAACAGGGCCUGAGGAAGCUUAUGAGCAAGAGAUCUUAG